AUGCAAAAACCUGGGCGUGGAGGGGGGGGUGUGGGAGCGGGGGCGGAAUGGACUUUCAAUGGGGGCCAGGGCAGGGAGCAACCGAGAAGAAGGCGCAAGCUGCGACUGGCGCUGUGGAGGAGGCGACGGGAGCACCGGCAUCAUGGUGCAGGCGGCGAGGUGGUCCUUGCCACUUGCCUCAUGAGCCAGGCCGCAGCGUGCCGCGCAGCGCCCGGAGGGGGUGAACGCGGCACACCUCUCGCAGCCCUGACGCCGAGAAGGAGCGGGGACGAGGAGAGGCCGGCGAGCAGGUCUGCCGUCUGGCGGUCGAGAACCGACAGGCGAGUGCGGGUGGCGAGCCAGCUCGGCAAGCGCCUGCGAUACGCGCCGGUCGAAAGAGAAGCAGCCAAAGCGUGCGGUUGGAAGGCGGAGGAGGAGGAGGAGGAGGAGGAGGAGGAGGAGGAGGAGGAGGAGGGUCUGGAGCAGCGCGCCGCACUCCGUGCGGUGAGUGCCGCGGCCGCGCGGCUGCCCUUCAGACCAUAA